GUCAGUGCUGCAAAACGUGCUGCCAUUAUCAUCAUGAUAAAUUGUAUUAUUUUCAGAUUAACGCUGAUAAGAUAUAGUUAAUUCCAAUCGGGCUUCAGUAACGGCCUUCCGGCAUAGUAGUUCAGUGAAAUUGAAUUUAAUUACAGGGGUGCUGCCAACGAACGGAUAAAUUCGAUAAGUAGGCAGUGCAUGUCUGUGCAAUAACUGCAACAAGUGGAAUUUUUGACUUUAAGUACAUAUAUUAAGAAAGGGGAACAACCGCUUAAACCUUGCCAAACUGGACGACUUUGAGUUGGACGAUAUAGACGAUUUCGCCAUGGAUUUCUGGGGCAUUUUCAUGUUCUUCCUGCUCACCUUCCUCAUCAUGAGUUGCUGCGGAUAUUGCUGCACCACCAGACGCCAGGGUGCCGUUCUGUCCACGCCUGUGGUGGUGACCUCCGCCACCCACACGGCUCCCGGCGGAUAUCCGGUCACACAGCUGCCUCCGCCGGGCUAUCCGUCGGGCAAUGCCUACGUAACUGCGACCUCGUACCCCGCACAGACCACCGGCAACGUGACUGUGCAGAUGCCCAUGCAGAUGAGCCACCAGAACCAGCAGCAAAUGCCAAUGCCAAUGCCGAUGCCGGGUCAGCAAACGCAUGGCGUGGCCUAUCCGCCGUAUCCUGGCGCCGGGGCUGCCAACAUGAAUCCUCCGCCGUAUGACAUGGCCAUGGCUAAUCCAGGACCUAGUGUUAUGCCCGCUGGAUAUGAGAAGCAAGCUCCAUACAAUCCCCACUUUAGCCAGUGAAAUCUCACUGUUAACUGAAAGUGAAACUAUAUUUGAGGAUCCCCUUUCCGUCUCGUUAUAGCUUUUUUACUCAGCUGAACACUUUACUUUCCAUGUUUCCUUGCAUAAUGUAUUCCCCGAAAAAACUCCAAACUCCUGGGAAAAAAAACAAAGUGAAAGCGAUCGCACAACGAGCCAUUUUUAUAUUCCAUGUGAUGUAUGUAAAGUGUACAUAUAACUUAAGCGCAACCUUUUAUUUAUACAUCUACAUUAAGCAAAUCCAAAACGAAAACCAAACCAAACUACAUGAAGUGUUAAUUGUAAUAAACCAGUGAAGUGCACAUCAAAUACAACUGGAGCAUAUUUGUUUCGAUGUGCACUUUCACAAAAUCACAAAAACAAGAAA